CGAGUUAGUUGUUUCUAGAUGCCUAGAUGGAUUAGCCAAAGCGAAGGAAAGGGGAAAGACGAAGUUGAAAAACAGAAAGAAAAAGGUUGGUUUUGGUGAUCGAACUGGAAGAUGAAGGUCCGUUCGGAAAGGGAAAAGACGAAAGUGGUGAUUAGGCAUUUGCCUCCGUCUCUGACUCAAUCUGAUCUCCUCCAUCACAUCGAUAAUCACUUCGCUUCUCGCUACAAUUGGUUUUCUUUCCGCCCCGGCAACACCAGCCACAAGAACCAGAGGAAUUCUCGAGCUUAUAUAGACUUCAAGAGUCCUGACGAUGUUUUUGAGUUUGCUGAGUUCUUUGAUGGACAUGUUUUUGUCAACGAGAGAGGUGCGCAGCAUAAAGCAAUAGUAGAGUAUGCACCUUCUCAGCGUGUUCCAAGACCAACUACGAAAAAGGAUGGUCGUGAAGGGACUAUAUAUAAAGAUCCAGACUACCUUGAGUUCUUCAAAUUCAUUGCAAAGCCUCCUGAACAUCUUCCCAGUGCAGAAAUACAAUUGGAAAGAAAAGAAGCUGAGCAAGCUGGGGCCAACAAGGAAGGACCUAUUGUCACACCCUUGAUGGAAUAUGUUCGUCAGAAACGUUCUGUUGACAUUGGUGCACAGGCUUUCCCAGUCACCACAAAAGGUAGCAGAAGUGCUAGAGCUGCUAUGCGAGGCAAGCAUGGCUCAGGCAAUACCAAACGAGGCUUGGAAAAGAAAAAAUAUGUUCAAAAGGACAAUGCAAAGGAUGCCACUCGAAAAGAGUCCAAAGACAAGUCAGCCUUCACUGUGGUCCCCCGGCGAGAGGAUCAAUCAGCUACUUCGAAUAUAAAAGGAAUAUCUGAACUUGAAACUUUACACGGCAUUGAAGGUCCAAUUUCUGGAAUCCCGGUGACUUCUGACUCGGGAAAGAAAAAGAUCCUUCUUCUGAAAGGAAAACAACGGGAAAUUCCUAUUACCACUGAGGGUGUGAUAAAGCAGCAAAGUAUACAAUCUGGAAAUUCAGCUGGUUCAACUACUGCAAAACAGAACCAGAGGCGUGAAGCAAGUGGAAGGUUGAUUAGGAGCAUACUUCUAAAUAGUGAGGCUCGUCAAAGUCAACCUUCAACUGCGACCCAACAUAAGAUUCAAAUCUUAAGUUCAGAUAAUGGUAAGCGACCUGCUCGUUCUUUGGAAAGCAGCAAACUUAAUGCUGAAGGGGAUUCCAAAAGAUCUUUGGAUGAAAGACAUGGUUUGGGUAGUGUUGGUGAGAAAAUAGAAAAACGUACAAGAAACAAGGAUAGACCUGACCGCGGUGUUUGGACACCUCUUCGUCGUUCUGAUGUUUCACAUGCUGAUAAUGAGCAGUCACCAUCCUCAUUGAUACAGCCUACUCUUCCUGAAUCAGAGGUAAAAGAAAAUGUUACUGCUGCAAACAGGAAUGGGGAAUCUUUAGCUUCCUUAGUUGGACGUAGCAGUACCUCUGUUGAGAAUGGUCCUCAAAGGAAUUUUACUCGCCGAGGAGUUUCCCAUAUAGGGAAGGAUGAUGUUGCUGUCAGUUUAGGUGAUGGGAAGGCAUCCAAAAAAGGUGGUGGUGGGCAUGGUGCUCACGAGAAACAAGUGUGGGUUCAGAAAUCAUCUUCAGGGUCUUAAAAGUCCAGAUCUGGGUAAUAAUUCCUAGAAGUUUUGAGGGGAUCAUUCCUGCUAUGUUGGGCUGUGACCGUCAUUUGGUAUAUCAUCCACAACUAAUUGAGGUCAACCAAAGGCUUAGCGACUUGUAAGAAAGAUCCAGUUUUUGCCCAAGGGAGCGUGCGCAAUGAAGGAAAAACAAUACAUUACAGACCUCGGUGACAUGGUUAUUUACUGAAACAGAGUGGCAUGGUUAAGCAUGUUCGUGGGCUUGACCUUACACUGUUCGUGUCUCCUUAUAUUGUUGAGUAUUUGAAAGUCGGGAAAUGUCUCUGUUUGGGAUGUAUGCUUACCACGAGUCUGACAGUGUAUGCUUGGAAGUAAAAUAUGCAGCGUUGUCUCGUUCAGUUCCCAUUUAGUUAAAUACCAUUUUGUGUUAAUAUUAUUAUAGCAGUGGGGAUAUAUUCAAAAUUAGGCCUGCAAUGGUAAGUGCCGUGAGUUGCUCAAAAUGCCAAACGCCGAUACCUAUUUAGUAUUUACUCCUAUUUUAAUUUCCCUGUCAAAGAUCAAACAUUAACCUAUUUAAUGCUAAAAUUAUUUUGUUACCUGAAAUUAAGUACAUUCUGGCAGGUGACCUACAUUUUUUG